AUGACAAAACCGUCCAGAAAAACCCUUGAUAAUUUUGUGACCCCUAACCUUGAAACCCCAUUUUCAGUACAGGAGGUCAUUCGUAGGAUUCAGCAGGCCCAGCAACGUAGAAUAAGCGAGGACAUUAAUAUGAAAGUGAAUGAAAUAAUGAACAAUGUGCAACGGAUAAUAAAUCGCUACACUGUUGGUGAGAACAUAUACUCUGGAAGGAAAAUCUCCAUUACAGAACACAAAAGACGCAGAAACACUUUCCUAGAAAAAAUAGUUAACUGUAUUAAGUCUGCUGAAGUGAAAGAAAAGACUCUUGUUUCUAUCCUGGCCUGGUUGGAAGAAUGGAAUAUCCUUUUGUCUGAGAUGACUGCAAUUGAUAUUGAAGAAUACCACCACUGCGUAGCACAAAUGGAGAUUCUACCAGAGACAUUCAAAGCUAUUGAGGGCAAUGUCACAAUACUGACUGGAAUUAGUAAAUCUCUGAUUGAAGAAAAGAGAAAAUAUAAGAGAAAAAUAACAAUUAGAGGCACUCUAUGGAAACCUUGGAAAGAAAAAGUUCUAAAGCGACCCGCAGCAGCCCAUGCUUUACGGCCAGAUCAGAUGAUUAGUGAUGAAUUUGCAACAUCUAUAAAGGUUUCAGAAAUCCAUGAUAUGCUACAAGAACUCAUAGGCACUGCAAUGUUCAGUAAAUUAGAAAAUAAUGCUAUUAAGUACAUAUCAUCAACAAUAUCAAACCUCUCUAAAGCUAUAAGUAUACUAAAUGAUGAAGCAAAAGGUGUUCACAUCCAAAGUGACCACGUAUAUGUAGAGGAGGAAGGUGAAAAAGAAAAAGACCUAGUUCUGAAGAUAAUAAAAGAUCUCAGCGAGAAUAAUGAAAUACUUCAGCAGAAACUUCAAAUUGCAGAAGAAAAAUAUGAAAAACUUAUUCAGUCCAAAGGUACUACAGAACACAAAAUAACAUCUGGAUCAGACGUCAGCAGAGCUGACAAGAAAGAAAUUAUAGAAAUUAAUUUGGUAAAAAAACUUGAAAAUAUAGAUGAGGCCCGAAGAAGAGGGACUAUCAAGUGGGACACAGCCUUUCCAUAUUCCUCCACAGAUGAAAUGGCUCCAGAUUUAACUGAACAGCAAUCUACUUUACAGAAAACAUCUCCCCAUGCUAUCACCGAACACAGCACUGAAGACACGAUAUUACUGAAGAAAGGUGAUGUCUUUGAUAAAGAGGGAGCUGAUGAACUUCAGUCACAGAAAAAAAAGCAAAGCAGAGGCCUGUAUGUACAUGAGACCUUUGGACCAAAAGGUGAACUGAAAGACUCAGGGACCAAAUUUGACCACUUGGAGUUUCCAUCCCUGGAAAAGAAGAGAAAGGAAACAAAAUCCUAUUCUGAAGACAAAUCCAAGUUUCCUGAGUCAAAAAGUAAAAGUUUUCCUGAUGAAAUUUUUUCUAUCGAUGUCCCUUCUUACACCAAGGGUGAAGCUGGCAAAACUACAAGUAGUUUGUGGGAACGGCUCAAGACAACCAAACUUGAACAUCAACGUGACAAAAGCCAAGUUUCUUCAGAGAAAAAAGAGGAAUUCACUUCAGAGUCAAUGGACAGAGAGAGAAAAAGUGGGAUGAGUAGCCAAGAGGGACCAUUGAGGUCAUUCCAACUUGAUUCUUCCCCUGAGAAAGAGAAAAUAAAAGGAAAGAAAUUCCAAGUCUCCCCAGGGACAAGCACAGGCAGAGAAGAGAAAACUGAAGAGAAGGACCUGUCAGGUCUCACCAAGAAAGCCAAGUCUCCUGAACUUCGUAAAUUGCAAUCUCGGAAACUUAAAGAGGCUUCAGAGUACACCAGUGUUAUAAGAAGUCCAGAGGGCAAAAGUGAACAGAGCAGCAUAGAGGAAUUUCAGAAAGCCAUAAUGACUUUCCUAACAGAGAAAAUUGACAACAUAGGAAAGCCUUUGGAUAAAAAAUCUGUGCCCAAAAAAGAGCUAUUAAAAAAAGCAGAAUUUGAAAAUUUGGGAGUCAUUAAAACAAAAAUGGAGGAAUAUUUUCAAAAAGUGGCAGAAACUGUGACAGAGGUCUUGAAAAAGUACAAAGAUAUGAAAAAACCAGAACAGAUGAAAAAGCCUAUGAAGGGAAAAAAGGAAGUCUCACAGAAGCCAGAGGUGCAUUUUCAAAAGCCCAUUAGUGAAAAGUCUGGAAUUAGAACCUUACUUUCACCAUUAGAGAACAUGGAUCCAGUAGCUGGCAAUUUAAUACAAACGAUCUUAACUCAAAUAGAAAGUGAACUAGAUGUUACAGUAGCCUCAACAGGAGAGAGAGACCAGAAGAAGAAGCAAGGGCAGGAUUAUUUGCAGGAGGAUCAAAAACAAAAAAUUGAUAUAAGUCUCAAAUCCCAGCUGCAAGAAGAAAGGAAUCUCUGGGGAAAGAGCCACGAAAUGCUGAAGAAGAAUUUGGAGUUGGAAGAUGCAUGGUUCCAGAUGAAGGAGGGAAAGCAAAAGCAACAGAAACAGAAACAGUGGCAAGAAAAGGAGUUGGGGAAGGAACAAAAGGAGAGGACGCAAAAGCAGACAGAGCAAGAUGAAAAUCAAAAGCACAGGGAAAAAGACGGAGAACAGCAUCAAAAGUCAGAGCAGCAGCUGGAAGCAUGGAAGCAAAAAAGGCAAGAAGAUGGGGGGUUGUUGGAGAAGGUGCAGCAAAUGAGGCGGAUCCAGAAGAAAACGAAAUAUAUGGACAAAGAUAGCAGUUGGGAGAAACUGGAGGAAGAGCAGAAAUCAAAGAGAAAGGUGGACGACCGUGAACGGGUGAAGCAAAAAGAAGCAAUGGAUCAAGUCAAGAUUAAGGAGAGAAAAUCGGAAUCACAGGACACAGUCUCACAGAUUUCAUCCUUCCCAUCUGGGGCCACUACUACUUAUGGACAGAACAUCUCACUCACCCCUGAGCAGGCCCAGGCACUGGGAGUCAUUCUCACCCCUGAGCAGGCCCAGGCACUGGGGAUCACUCUCAUCCUUCAGCAGGCCCAGGCGCAGGAGGUCAGUCUCACCCCUCAGGAGGUCAAAGCACAAGAGAUCACUCUCACCACUGAGGAGGCCCAGUCACAGGAAAUCACUCUCCUUCCUCAGCAGGCCCAGGCCCAGGAGAGCACACUCAUCCCUCAGCAGGCCCAGGCCCCGGGGAUCACUGUCUCUCCUCAGCAGCCCCAGAGAAUCACUCUUGCUCCUCAGCAGGUUGUGGUCCAGCCCCAGGGAAUAACUCUAAUCCCUGAGCAAGCCCAAGGGGUCACUCUCAGCUCUCAGCAGGCCCAGGGGAUCACUUUCACCCCUCAGCAGACCAAGGACCAAAGGAUCAUUCUUACCUCUCAACAGGCCCAGGCCCUGGGGAUCACUCUCACCCCCCAGCAGACUGAGGACCAGGGGAUCACACUCACCCCCCAACAGACCAAAGACCAGGGAGUCACUCUUACCCCCCAGCAGGCCCAGGCCCUGGGGAUCACACUCACCCCUCAGCAGGCCCAGGCCCCGGAAAUCACUCUCACCCCGCAGCAGGCCCAGACUCUGGGGAUCAUUCUUAUCCCCCAGCAGACCAAGGCCCUGGGGAUAACAGUCACCCCACAACAUACCGAAGACCAGGCGAUCACUCUCACCCCCGAGCAUGCCCAGGCCCUGGGAAUCACAGUCACCCCCCAACAGACGAAAGACCAGAAGAUCACUCUCACCCCUCAGCAGGCCCAGGCCUUGGGGUUCACUCUCAUUCCUCAGCAGGCCCAGGCCCAGGGGGUUACUCUGAGCCCUCAGCAGGCUGAGGACAAGGGGGUCCAAGGCCCAGUGGUCGCUCUCACCCCUCAGCAGGUGCAGACCCAGGGGAUCACACUCACUCCUCAGCAGGGUCAGGCACUGGGGAUUCCUUUCAGCUCUCACCAGGUCCAGAAACUGGGAGUCAGUCUCACUCCUGAGGGAGCACCAACACUCAGGGUCACUGUCACUCCUCAGCAGGCACAGACACAGGGUAUAGCUGACUCCUCAGAGCAGUUCAAGCCAACGGUCAUCACUCACAUUCCUGAACAAGUUCAGACACGGGGACCUCCUCUUACUUCUGAACUGACUCAGUCAUUGGAGGUCUCUCUUUUCCCUAAGCAGUUAGUGCAGGACCUUUUUAUUCGAGAGCAGGCACAGGAACCAGUGUUCACUCUCACUUCUGAGAAGGCUGAGGCCUUGGGUGUCACACUUAGCCAUGAACAAGCUCAGGCUAAGGAGGAAGCCCAGCACACCCUCACCCCUGAGCACACACAAGCCUUGAAGGUCCCUUUUAUCCUUGACCAGGCUCAAGCAUUACAGACUCCUCUCACUUUAGAACAGGCAAGGAAAUUGGGUGCUCCUAUCACUCCAGAAGUGGUUCGAGAAGCAUCAAGCACUCUUACUUCUAAGCAGAUGCAAGCCUUGAGACCACCUCUGAUACCAAAGGCCCCUCUCGUCCCUGGCCAGUCCCUCAUAUCUGGAGUCCGACCUGCCUCUGAACAGAUACCUGGUCUCUGGUCUUCUCUCUCUCCUAAGCAGCCCUUUGUUCCUGAGAUCUCCUCCAUUGCUGAGGAGCUCCUAGAAUCUGAAACCUUAGCCCUCUCUGAGCAGCCUCAGACAUUUCAGCCCUCUGUCACCUCUGAGCAAUCUCCCUCUUUACAACCUUCUUCUACCCUUGGGCAGCAUCAGUUACCAUGGACUCUUUCUGGUCAAGCUUCCCCUCUAUGGAGCCCUCCCAUCCCUGGGCAUGCCCCAAUAAUAUGGGCCCCUACACCCCCUGGAAAGCUCCAGAAAGGUUUGUCCUCUAAUAUUCCUAAGAGAAGUAAAAGAUUAGCUAUUUCUUCUCUGAAAUAUAAAUCAGCAUUGGUCCAACCCAUUGCUUCAAAAUUUAAGGCACCUGAAGUUCCCUCCAUCACUAAGAAGUUCCCAAUAUCAGAGGUCUCUGACACUCCUGUAGAAACCCAAAGAUUCCCUGAUCCUUUUAACAUGGAACAAUUUAAAACACUUCAAUCUUAUGUCACUAGUUGUAGGAUACCAAUAUCACAAACCCCUUAUGUUGAUGAGACUCGUCCCACUCUCAGAAAACCUGUUACAUCGUUACCUUCUCUUACUACUCAACUAUCCCAAACAUCACAAAUUUCACCCUCAGAAUUGGACCAAAAACCCCGAUUUCCCCCCAUAGACAAGCCCUGGAUACUGACAUCAGUUUUAGGCACCAAGAAACCCAAAGUGACGGUGCCCCCUUCAUCUCCCCAAGAAGUCGCAGAACAGAGAUAUUUCGUUGAUGUGGAGGCUCAGAGAAAAAACCUAAUACUCUUAAAUGAGGCUGUGAAAGCUUCUGGACUCUCUUCACAACUAUAUACAACAGCUGAAAAUCUCAUAAUUGAGACACUUCAUACGGACACAAUUCGGUUGGGAUACAUAUUCAACAAGUACAUUACCUACAGGCUGAUCCAGCGUGCAAGAAACAACAUAAUCAAAAGAAUACAAGCUAUCCAAAACACUGGGAAAGGUUAUGAAACUCAGAACCUCUAUGUAAUGCUGAGUAGAAUUGAUGCCUAUCAGAAAAAGAUGAUGCACACCUGGACUACGAGGCAGACUGCUCUAGAGCAGAAACGAAAUCAGUGCCUGAGGAAAAUGAUACACUUAUUUAGCAAGCUCCAAGAGAUAUAUCACUUAAAUCUUAGUCAACCUAUUCCCCUGAUCAUCGACAAAAAACAGGUACCAGCCUCUAUCAAAUUUGUUCAACAGCCCUUCCUUCAACUACUAAUAGAAGAGGACAGAAAAUCUGACAUAUUCAAGAGAUUUAGAAAAGAAGACCAAAUGGAAGCCAUCUGGAAUGCUGAUCUGUCCACUUCAAGCUACCCAAUAACAGAAAAGACAGCAAUACAUUCACUCUGGGCCCAGCUGGGUGGAUACCCAGAUAUUCCCAUGCUGCUCCAAUUAGAUGUUCAGUCUACCUUCAGAAAAUCUCUAGCAUCCAUUCAAUCACAGUAA